GGAAAACAUGGCUUUUUCUCGCAAGCUCUUCUCAAGGGCGAAGUAAUUCAAAACAUGUCACAGGCAAAGUUUGUAGCUGGAAUCUAUGCCCCUGCAAAAUAUUUGUAUGCAUUCAAAGACAAGUUAACUGAUGCUGAUAGAGAAACGGAGAUUGUAUGUACCGCAUUUAUUCUGUCAAAAACGGAAAUUAUCACGAAUGCCCAUUGUGUGGCUGGCGCUCCAUAUGUUUAUGUGGUAGCUGGUACGAAAGUUGCAUCAGACGAAAAUCAAAAAAUCGAAAUCAAAGUUGAAAAAGAGAACAUUGCAUGGCACCCUCAUUAUAGUCAUUUAAUUGUUGGUGCAUUUGAUAUUGCCAAAGUUACACUGAAAACGCCGUUAAAAUUCAGCGAUACCGUUGGCAGUAUUGAACUCGUGGACAAGGAUUACAAAUUGAAUGACCCAUCAGAAGUGGUCACUGCCUAUGGAUAUGGCGUGUUGAACAACAUCGGACCAAUGAUAUUGAGGCGUUGCGAUGCGAACUAUAUAUCUAAUGUCAAUCGUGUCAGCGCAUUCAACCCACGUCAAACAUUGUACUUUACCACUGGCGAAGCUACGAACGAUGGCGAAAUUAUUACACGUGGCGAUUCGGGUGGACCAGUCGUUUCAAAAACAAAUGGCAAAAUCGUGGGCAUAACUACGGGUAUAAAUGGGACAACAGGUGGCCGCGGAAUGUUCCUCCCAAUUGCAUCAUUCCUUGGUUUUAUCCAUGAUCCAAAG